AUGAAAGAUAUGAGAAAUCUUAAACGACAUGUGCUGGAGACGAUGCAAGCAAUUAUGCCAAUCAACCCUAACUUAUUGCUGACCACAAAUUUAAUCCAAGCUAUUUUGAUCUUACUCCCAUUGAAGGAACAAAAACAAGGUGAUGCCCCUACUGAAGGCAACAAUGUGGGAACAGAAUGUAUAAUAGACUAUAGUGAUCAAUUCACAACUUAUUCGGAUAUUCAAUGGAGAGAUGCAUUACUUCGAUGGGCUCGUGAACAAGGAAAAUUGAAUAAUAUUGUCAUUGUAAUUAAAAGGUCUGAUUAUAGAGGUGAGGGCAAGAGGAGACCUCGUGUAAUACUUGCUUGUGAGAGGAACGGUAACUAUAAGUCUUGCAAGUCUAGUGAGACAACUGAUAUAAGGUCGGAUGCAAAUAGUGAUAUGAAAAAAUGUGCUAGGGACACUGGUACCAAGAAAUGUGGAUGCCCAUUCUUGUUAAAAGGUGUCAAUAUUGGUGAUGGGGAUGAUUGGAAGUUGGAGGUGGUUUGUGGAGUACACAACCAUCCUAUUUCAGAGUAUCUUCAAGGUCAUUCAUUUGUGGGGCGACUUACUAAAGAGGAGAAUGCCUUGUUGGUGGACAUGUCUAAGAGUUUGGUGAAACCCAGAGAUAUUUUGGUCACCAUUAAAGAUAGAGAUGCAAUGAAUGUUUCAACUAUGAAGACAAUAUACAAUGCUAGGAUCCGAAAUAGAACCAAAGAAUUUGCUGGGAGAACCCAAAUGCAACAAUUGCUUACUAAGUUAUCUGAACACAAUUAUAUUGAGUGGCAUAGGACAUCUGGUGAUAUUGUAACUAACCUAUUUUGGACACACCCCAUUAAUAUUGAUAUUUUGCGUGCAUUUCCACAUGUACUUAUCAUGGAUUGCACCUAUAAGACUAAUAGGUAUCAUUUCCCAUCUCAAUUCCAAUGA